AUGAAAAGGCCUGCUUCGGCCUUGCCCGAAUCCACCAGUGUGAAGAGUGUUGCGAGACUGCUUUUUGAACCCAAGAGAGUUAAAGUGUCGGAGGAUACCAAGGAGGAUAGCGAGGAGAGUUCUGAGGAGGAUAGCGAGGAGUAUACCGAGGAUGAUAUCGACGAGUAUACCGAGGAGGAGAGCGAAGAGGAUAGCGAGUGGGAUAUCGAGGCGCCUACUGAGGACUAUACCGCGUAUUGGCCAUCAUGGUAUCUUGACAUCUACAAUGAAAUGGCAUAUAUGGACAUGUUUCAUGGCGGCUGGAGUGAGUGCUCAUCGGAGUAUGAAGGCUCAGAAUCAACAGAGGAUGCAGAACCGGCAGAGGAGCUGGUAGAGGACACGGAACCGGCAAAGGACACAGAACCAGCAAAGCACACAGAACCAGCAAAGGGCCCAAACUUAGCAAAUGCUCAAGAUUUGCGACAGGGCGCCCCUGCAGAGCCUGCCAAACCAUUGAAGACGCUGGACGAAAUAAACGUCGACGACGCUAAGAACCGUGACCGCUGGAGAUUGCAGCUCAAUAACCAGAAAAUCAGAAGGAGCGCUGACCCUCGCCUGGAGAGGCAAAUAAUUCUGGCUAAGAAUGCGACCGAACUUGUCUCCAAAACGUAUGAGUUACUCGAACAAACGCCUCGUGAUCACCGGCCAAUCAUUUGGUUGAAACAGCGCUAUGACCUGUUUUGCGAGGACCAUGCCAGGCUUUUUGCAAAAACCGACGAGGACGACGAUUUCGGAGAGUACGAGCAUGGAGACACCAGAACGGUCAAAUUUAUCCGCAUCUCGGAUCAACAGCUUAAUGACGAAGGUAUUGACGAACGCGAUGUCCCACCAUGCGGGGGGGGCCAAAUUUUCCAAGCCGACAUCAGGAUCUGUGGCGGUCUUCGAGGAACCAAGCUCUUCUCAGUUAUAUAUGCAAACUCUGAGCCCACUGUAGUCGGCUCUUGGUCAAUGGGGGAUCUGGCCUUCACCUUCAUCGAGGACCACUUCUUCAAGUUGAGGAUCCCAAGGGACAAGGUGCUCCAGGGAACAAAGAUCGACCCAUCGAAAGCUCCCGAGUUCUUUGAGUUUGUUGGCAUUUCAAAGGAAUACCAAUCUGCCUGA